AUGUCAUCACUGGUAAAGGAGGACUUGGAGAAGAAACUGUUUAAGCCACUCUCACAGAAUCUGUACGAGUUUAUUGAAAUAGAGUUCUCGGUCCAGGACAGGUAUUACCUCUGUGUGUCAGUGACCAAAAAUGAAGAAGUAAAAAUAAUUAUGGUGAAACACUACAGAAUAGGUUUAGAUGAAAAAUACGAAGUAACCAAAAAGUGGUCUUUGAAUGAUCUGCAGAUGAUCGAUGGAAAAGAAGCAGAUACAGACAAUCCAUUCUUUGAUCUGCACUUCAAGAAAGUGUACAGUUUGGAAGCAUAUAGUUGUGCUUCGAAAUACGCCUUUGCCCGGACUGUCAACAAGCUGAAUCAUGCAUACCUCAAGAAGGACUUGCAGAUCGUGAACUUUGAUUCUACUUACAUUAAUGAUGACUCCAUUUGGUCCUCCAACAACAAGGAUUGCUUGGUCCUUAUGAGAAUAUGUUUUUAUGCCUUCAAUUUAGUGUGCUUGUCCUUGUGUCCUCUGCCACUCUGA